CAAAGCUUGUAUAUUUGCUGAGCGAACUGGGCAAGAUAGCGCGUGAGAGACAAGAAGAGUUUCCCUCCAAAUGUGCUUUGUUUGUUUGCAACAAAUGGGACCAAAUUCCAGAGGACGAAGCCGACGUUGUUAAGGCACACAUAGAGAUCAAGCUAACAGAGUGGUGGCCUGAUCUUAUUCCUGAAUCCCAGAUCACCUACAUGUCAGUAAAAAAACGCUCUAUAUGCUCAGAGCCGCGGGGAGAUUAAAGCCGACCUCAUUACCCUGAUGAAUGGAAUCCGCAUUUUUGUUCUGAAAUGCAUCGAGCAAAGGUUGGGAAUUCACUGGAGGUGAGUGCAUGCCUUCUUUUAAUAAUGGACUUGGGUGUUAUAGUUUUAUUGUGGUUAUAACUGUUAAACAAAUUCAAAUAAUAAAAUAGGAGAAAGACGCUUUAGAUAAGUAACAUAGGAAAAACUUUGAAUCAAUUUUUUACAUCAUUGUUAUUCAAACUCUGACAUUUAUGGGCAAACUCUUUUCGCGGUGGGAGUCUUACAUCGUGUAUGUUAAGUAACUUAGAAGGAUUAAAUGAGCCAGGUCAUUUACAACGAGAAAUGAUGUUUAGGUUGGCUAUGUAAAGAUUUGUUUAUUACUGUUUUGUAUGUACUUAGUUCGUACGUAAAAUUACGAGUUAUAACAAUACAAUUAGAAUUUCAAUGUUCCUUUCAUUUCCUUAUUUCCCUACAGAUGGCUUGAUUUUGUAUUUUACCAACUAAUUUUUCAAACAAAGAUGAUUACGAGAGAUCGUGAAGAAGUCAAGAACAACAAGACUACAUACGAUCGUCUGGAAGGGCUUGAGAGACAACAAACCCAACUUAUUGAUAGGACUCGCACAGACAUGAAAGUCCGUGCAAACGAGGUCGAAACAAAGCUCUGCGAGUUUCUCAAUUCAGAGGAUUUGCGAGCACAAUUCACCCAUCAACUUUCCGGACCUGCUCCAUCCGUAAGUGAGCUAGACGAAGAACUGCAAGUAAUUUUGCAACAGUGGGAAGAUAAAAAUCACGUAUUUGCAAAUGCUUUUAGCUUGCCUCUUCAACGAUUUUUGGAGCUACACAAUUUAGCAAAAAUGCAAAUCCUGAAUCUUCAACGUGACAUCUCGGAAGGCGAAGUCUCAAUGGCCACACCAAUUUACCCACACUGUAAGUUUAGCGCUUCCGUGGUCUUCAUUUUUGAUCUCUUUGCUGAGAGGCUUGGAAUAUUCAGGGGUAUCUCCGGAUCUUUGGCUGGACCCGAUGCCACUAUGCCUAUGAUGAAGAAUUUUACUCCUUCUUUUAGGAUGAAAGAGAGCUUUCUUCAGUGUGUUAUAAAUGGAGAUGCAGCUAAGUCUAUGGUAAAUAAAAUGCUCAAAAAGCACCUGAAAUAUUUGGAACAAAUUGGAAAUCAGGUUCGACAGAUGAUUCAGGCCGACAAAAAGUUAUGUGAAGAACUCCGUGACAACAAGCAAUCACACCAAAAGAUUAGAGAAUUGUACGAGCCAAUUCAGAACAAUGCUAUUGCUAUUAGAGGACACCUUGCAGAAUUUGGGCUGAGAGAGGCCUGUGUCCACUGCAAUGAAGAGUUGCAGUGGAAGGAUGAUCCAUCUUCCAUUCUUGGGCGUGGUACGUUUGCCUAUGUGUACAAAGGAAAGAUGAGAAGACAUGGAUGCGAGCAAAAAGUAGCUGUAAAGGUUUGCAUCAAACCUUUAGACGCCGAGAAUGCAAUUCUCUUAGUUAAAGAGAUGACCCUUUUGAGGUGAGAUAAAAUUCCUCCAUUUCAAUCUCAAUGUUCUAAUUUUACCCCAAACUACAAUGCCGCGUAUUUGGAGUAGGGCUUGAGGAAAAAUUGAGCAUCAACCGUUUGGCUCUUUUUUAAUCCUAUAAUUGCAACAAUUGAUUGGAAUCUUACGUGGUAAGCACUUCAUGAUUUUGGAGACUUCCAAUUUAUUUGUAGAGAAAGAAAGUUUGUAGUAAAGGAAUUUAGAUAAGUGCUGUAACGUUAAGCCAUAUAGGGAACUUUUAUGCCUACUUUUGAAAAGAACCCUUGUUUAGUGGAUUACCUCUGGAGGUCUACUCUUUACUCUGGGUGUGUUAUAAGCACUCUUGUUCAUAAAUAAACUUUUUGCGACCUUGACUUGCUGUUUUUCGUCAAUACCAUUUUUUAGCAGAAUUGGCAGUAAUGUCGCAAUCUGAUAGGCAAGUUUGCUAUUGUCGAUAGGAGUGCAGAACAAGCGAAACUGCUGUCUAUUUGUUAACUCUGUCUUAAUGUACAUACUCUGCUACAUGUUGUUUCAAUAUGAUGAUGAUUGAUGUGAAAGAUGAAUGAUGAAUGAGCAUGCAUGAUAUUUCAACAUGAUGCCAACAAAGCAUCUUUCGCCCUCCACCAUGUUCAUAAGUGACAAUUUCCUUUGACAGAAUAUUAGAUCACCCUCAUAUUGUCAAGUUUUUUGGGACAGCACUCUUGAAAAAAGAGGAUGAGGUAAGGGUGAUCUUUGUGAUGGAAAGGUGCACAGAAAGCCUCAAAGAUCACAUCUUCAAGCACCGAGAAUCCGUCCCGGGUAUAUCUGGAAAAACAGCAGACCUUAGAGUUUGUCGUUGGGCGAAAGAAAUCACCGCUGGUCUUCACUUUAUGCACGAAGUAGGCAUUAUUCACAGAGACCUCAAGCUAGAAAACAUCUUGGUACGUACUUACAACGAUCUUGAUAUUUUGACAGCAUCUUGCCAGUCCUUGUAAGUCAAUAGAGUUGAUUAUUCAAGUAUCACACUGCCUUCAGAUUCUACAACUGUAUUUUCUGCCUUUUUUAUUAGUGUUUUAAUUUCAAUCGUGGGCAUCCAAACUUCUAAGAUUUCUGCACACAUCUCUAAACCAAUUGAAUCACAGCGGAAAAUCUUCGCUCUUGGGUGACACUGAACCCGUUACCCGCAUAAUACUACCAGUAUGUAUUCAAGAUACCGUGAUCCACAUCGUAAGUCAGCGGAAAACGACCAUUCCCUGUUAUUAUUAUUAUCAUUAAAAAGGAGACUAAAACAGACACGCAUGAUAGCAAUAUGGUAACAGAAAGGAGAAGAUGAAAAAUAUUUGAGAAUGGUAGUGACUGAAGCGUUAAGAAAUGUGAUUGUCAAACAGUUUGUAAGCGAGGUACAAGCCAUUUUUUCAGUACGUUAAGUUUUCGUCUUCGUAAAAUCAAGAACAGAAACUUCUCUCUAUUACGAAUGCGGGAAAACAUCUAAAGACUACCAAUCCAAUAAUAAAUAUACUUCUCUUUAUUUUUAUUUAAGCUGUCGGAGGAUGAUUCCGUGAGAAUAAGUGAUGUCGGCGUUUCUAAAGAAGCAAGUGAAAUCACCGGUACUGUUACGGAUCUUUUUUGUACAUGGCUCCUGAAGUGUUCCAUUCCAACCUUUAUGACUUCAAAGCAGACAUCUACAGUUUUGGAAUAAUGCUUUGGGAGAUGUGGUUUGGACAACGAGCAUUUGCCGAAGUUAAUGCGCUAAAUAGCCAACAUUUCUUUAGCUUGGUUGAUCAUGGGCGUCGUCCAAAAGAUAUUAUGGAAUUGAAGAAGCCUCCACGCCGCUGGAAAGAACUUAUGGAGAGAUGCUGGGAUGGAGACCCAGAUAAACGUCCCACAGCCGAGAGUUGUGAGCGAGAAAUAACUGAACUCUGCAAUGAAUGGCCUGGUCAUUAGGAAGAACCAUAUUCCAAAUUAUACAUGAGGGCUACCGUCAUUAAUUGUACAUAUACUUUGUUUAUAUCACAAGCAAGCAGACAAGUUUAUUUAGCAUUUUCAUACAUCCGCUUUAUCUUUUUUAAAUUUCACAACAAAGACUUCGAGCUACCAGGAUCAUUCGUAUGACUUAAACACAAUAUUGUUACGAUUUUUGGCCUGCAAAUUAAUUUUUGCAGUCUUAUCCCCUUUAGCUCGAACGCCUGCUUAACUAAGCUCAAGUUUUGUUCCUCGUCGCUGAAUCAAGCAAAAAAGUCUGAGGCAUGGCUGCCCACUACACAACAGUAAUGGUACGGGCGGUUAGCCUUCUGUGACAUGCGCUCACAAUCUAUGAAGAACACGGUAGUCCUACAGAUGAAAGGCAUUAUCCAAAGGAGUCACAAAGCUUCAAAAUUCCCCAAAAUGCGGGACUUUACGUUUAGAAAUAUGCUGGAAGGAGUGCCCAACCAUAGACGAGUCGCGCGAAUAUUCGAUAGUAGCCAAAUACUUAAAGUUUAUUGGCUAUCCAAAAAGGAAAGAAAAUGUUUACCAAAACAAGAAUAAUUAGACACUCAUCGUUGUUACGGGAAAAUUCAUUGAUUUUCCCGUGUGUGUUAUUCGGUACAUAUUCAUUCGUAAACUUUCACAUUUAACCAUUUCAAGUCCUUUCAUUUUAAUAAAUCAAAAAAAUGCAUAAAAACCACAGUAGCUUUUAGAAUGGAUUUUUAUUGAUUACUCGCUUUUACUAUGCACCUGCUCGUCGGCACUUUUGUUAUUUAUUACAUGGGUUUUUUUAGGUAAAUAUAAGUGUUAAUGGUUUUUCUGGAAACAUUGGUUUUCAUGGUAGAUAGCAGCUGAGUUUAUACUCGUAACUUUAAUUUCUUUUCAUGCGAUGGUUUCCAAACCAAUCUUGCAUAGAUAAGCAGAAACUUUUCAUUGCUUUUCCGUAUUUCCUGAGCUGCGCUAGUGCAAUUAAGAUAGGUAUUGUUUUCUAUACCAGAGCUGUAAAUUCGCACCUAGGUUUCCUACUUUAAUGGCCUAGAGUUUAUUGCAUCCGUCUUUUUAUUUUGAGAUUCUUUCCGUCGUAGAAACAGAUGGAAUAUUUAAGUAGUUUUCGUUUA